CAUCAACCGAUUCUUCAACCUGGGUUUUAUUAGGGUUUUACACUUUUGCCAGGGUUUAGCCGCCAAACUCAGCUAAAGCAAUUUCCCACAUCUAUUCCAUUUUCUCUUUGCCAAGAUUCACAUUCACUCAUGGCGGAGAACCUGAAAGAUAAGGAAGAUACUCGCACACUGGGAGAAGAAACUGAAGAAGAAGAUGAAAGUGAAGACUGGGAAGAUUGGGCGGAAGAAGAAGGAGAUGGUGAGGAUGAAGAGACAGAGUUUCUUUGCUUGUUCUGUGACUCCAAGUACGGUACUUGUGAUGCCCUCUUCGAGCACUGUCGUUCAACUCACCAAUUUGACUUUCAAGCUAUCAGGAAGGAGUUUGGAUUAGAUUUCUAUGGUUCGUUUAAGCUUAUCAAUUAUGUCCGUUCUCAGGUAGCAGAAAAUCGAUGCUGGAGUUGUGGGGUUACCUGUCUGUCAAACCAAGAGCUUCUGAAUCAUUUACAUCAAGCUGUUGAUAUCAAAGAUGUUAAGCUUCCUUGGGAUGAUGAUAAAUAUCUAACUCCUUUCAUGCAAGAGGAUUCACUUUUAUACAGUUUUGGAGAAGAUGAAGAAGGCGAAGAUGACUAUAAAACAUCAUUUGACAAAGAGGAAGUUUUGAGGGACUUAAAGGAUUUUGGAUAUUUUUCCCUUAAUGAAGAGACUAUUGGGGAAGAGAUUGCAGUCAGUACUGACAUUUCUGAUGAAAAUAGAAUGGAAGAAGCUGUAUUGUUGUCUAAUGAUCAUUUGAACGAGGCAAAUUCUUCAGAGAAGAUGAUAAACAAUGGAACUGAUUGUGAUGGAAAUCUAAAAGAUAAGCAUUCGAGAAUUGAUCUUGCAAAUCUUGUUGGUAAGCAAAUAAAAAAAGUGAAUGAGGAUUAUUUUGGUUCAUAUAGUUCGUUUGGAAUCCACAGGGAGAUGAUUGGUGACAAGGUCAGAACAGAUGCUUAUAGACAAGCUUUAUUGAAAAAUCCUUCACUCUUGAACGGUGCAGUUGUGAUGGAUGUAGGGUGUGGAACAGGCAUACUGAGUCUCUUUGCUGUCCAAGCAGGUGCAUCAAGAGUAAUUGCAGUUGAGGCUAGUGAGAAGAUGGCUGCAGUGGCAACUCAGAUUGCAAAGGACAAUGGCCUUUGGUGUGGUAAAAUUGACACCAAAAGCAAUAAGAAUUACACUGGGGGAGUUGAAGUGGUUCAAAGUAUGGUUGAAGAGCUUGAUAAAUUCAUACAAAUCCAACCUCAAAGUAUUGACAUAAUUGUUAGUGAAUGGAUGGGAUAUUGCCUACUUUAUGAGUCAAUGCUUAGCUCAGUGCUGUUUGCACGAGAUCAGUGGUUGAAGCCAGGAGGUGCGAUCCUCCCUGAUACGGCAACUAUUUUUGCCGCAGGGUUUGGAAAAGGUAGCACCAGCCUCCCGUUUUGGGAAAAUGUUUAUGGCUUGAAUAUGUCUUGCAUUGGUAAAGAAGUUGUUGAAGAUGCUUCUAAAAUUCCUAUUGUUGAUGUUGUUGAUGAAUGCAAUCUAGUGACAAAUGCUGCAACUGUUCAGACCUUUGACCUUGCGACAAUGAAGCCUGAUGAAGUGGAUUUCACUGCAAGGGUUGAGUUGGAACCAAAGUUAGAUGGUCUGUCAAGCAUCUCCAAUGAGAAAGAGAACAAACCAACCUUAUGUUAUGGGAUUGUCCUGUGGUUUGACACUGGUUUUACCAGCAGGUUCUGCAAAGAGAUGCCUGUUGUUUUGUCUACAUCCCCAUACACUCCAAGAACCCACUGGUCUCAAACAAUUUUGACCUUCAGGGAACCUAUAGCAAUAGCAUUGGGAAACUUCAGUGCUGAGAAAUCUUCCACCAUUGGUACAGUUAGCUGUCCUGCUUCCAAAAUUCAGCUGCGCAUCAGUAUUGCUCGUGCAACCCAACACCGGAGUAUUGACAUAUCGCUUGAAGCUGCUGGAGUUCUCCCUGAUGGUCGGAAACAUAGUUGGCCAGUGCAGAUUUUUAACUUAUCUUAGGACAUUUAUAGUGGAAGAAACGGUGAAAUUAUCAUGGAUCAUGGAUGGCAUUUUGCUCUAUAUUUGUAGCCAACAUCGAUUUUGAGUAAUUUUAUCCUUUUUUUUUAUAAAAUUAUAUCUUUUUU